AUGGAUAGGUAAAAAUAAUUAUAUAUGUCGAUAGGUAUAACUGGUAGCUAUCUGUUACCUACACACUUACUCAUUUAGUUGUAUAUCUAUAAUUUUUCAGGUUACUAUUAAAUUCCAAUAAAGUAAAACAACCACAAAAUCCACGGAAAAAUGCAAAUAUUUUUGAAAUCCUCACAUUUAGGUAAGUCAAUAAAAUUAUUUAUUUUAGUACACAUAAUAAUAUUAGAAUUUCCAUUAUUUAAAUCUAGUAUAUUUGUUAACACAUAAACCCAUGUUUGGGAUCAGUACAGACACAUCAUGUAGGGGAGACUGGAUACGAUUGUAACACGGGACAAUUAUUGCUACACUAGCAAUUAUUUGCUCCAUAACCAAUACAAAAACGGAGGUCUUACGGGGAGGGGGGCGAUGGGUGGAUCGCCUCCCCCCUUGAACUUUAUUAUACUCGUAUAACUACAAAAACUUGAUAAUAUAUUUAUGUUUUACAUUUAUUUAUGAUUAACAAUUGUGGUAAAAAAGAGAGAAAAAAUCAAUGAUUUUAAUAUUUUUUGACAAUAAUAGGUUUCACUUAUUCCGUGAUAUAUCCAUUAUAAUGUGGCGGGGACCAAGGGACGACCAACUAAAAUAUUAUAGACCGAUUUUCAAAACAAAAUAACCAAAAAAGGACUUUAAUUUUGUAAUAUUACAUAAAAUAAUUUUUUAAAUUUAACAAACUAUUUUUUUUUUAUGACUACUAUUUUUAAAGACUGUAUUUGAUGUGAAAAAUAUCCCUCCCCCUUGGAAUUUGUUAAGGACCGCCACUGGACACACUAUAGGAUUAGACUAAAUGAAGCAAGUAGUAUACUAAUGAGCAAUAAAAGAAAACUUAUACAGAAUUUAGUAAAAACCAGAUUAUUAUAACUCAAUACAAGAUAAACUCGUAAUCUGAAUACAAAGAUAAAUGUUUUAAGUAAAAAUUACAAGUAAUUCAAGAAAUUCCUGAGGAGCGAAAAUAGUAUAUUAAUUGCAUCAGAUGUGGAAUUAUCAAAAAAAUGGGAUAAAUACUUUAGUAAUCUGUUAAAUUUUCUGGAACCCGUAAACACAUUUCCAUUUGAUGACAUACAAAGAAAUAUAACAAUAUGUCCAGUCCCAACCAAAAAAGAGAUUGUAGAAUAAAUAAUACGAUUGAAGAACCAUAAAGUCCUGGAGAAGACGAAAUUGCCGAAGAACUAUUAGAGAACAAUGAAAAUGUAUUAACAGAGCAUAUAUAUCUACCAAUAAAGGAGAUCUGGGAAAAGGAGGUGAUACCCGAGAAUUGGAAAAUGGCAAUUGUAUCUUCAAUCUACAAAAAGGAUAAUAAACAAAUGUGCAAUAAUUACAGAGGUAUUACCCCGAUAAAAAACAGACAUUUUUUAUUAAAUUAGUAAUUUAAUCUAGUAGGUAACGAAGAAAGUUGUUUUGUGAUCUUUCUUGUAGUUGUUUUAACGACUAGGCAAAACCGAAAAAUAACGUAGACAAUUUACUAAAAUAAUUCUUUAUUAUUUUCAUUUUUUUUUUUUUUUUUGUUGUUAUAAUUCAGUUUAAAAUAUUCGUAGAAACUUGAAUUUUUUAUAUAAAUCUUAUAUUUGCUUUUUCUAAACAUGGUAAAAAUUUUCAAAAUUGUUGACAUUUUAAUUUUACGAGAUUUGUACGUAAUUUUUGUUUGGUAGGUACUCUGCGGAUAAAAUUCUAAAACUAAACAAAAAUGCUUGACAAUUUAACAGAAGAUUCAUUAUAAGUUGUAUUUAGUGGGCAAAUAAAAAUUGAAUUUAAUGUACUUAGUAUUUUUUUUUUUUAAGAAUUUUAAAAUCAAAUUUUUUAUGAAAACCGUAAAUAUUACGGACUUUCAAAACAUAAAUAACCAAAAAUCGCUCCGUAUCGUUUUUAUUUGUGAAUGGAUUACUUUAUCGUUGUCUACAGGUAUAAUUUAAAUAACUUUAUAUACCUUCACGACUUUUGGCCCUCAACAAUCGGCGCAAUCGUCCCUAUAGUAUAAGUACUUUUCUUAUAAUCAUCAUUUGUGCAGCAACUCAUGAAAUUUAAGUUUUAAUACUAAGAUAUUUAUAAAGUUAUUAAGUUAAUUAAAUUAUGAAAAGUGUGACCAAACAAUAAUAGUAACAGAAAAUAUUAAUUUUAUUAAACAUUUUACAAUAGUACCGUACCCGUAUUAUCGUCUCCCCUACAUAUUACGAGUAUUACGAAUGGAGUAAUUAUUAAUAAAAUAUCUUUUAUUAAUAUUAUCAUAUCUCGAAUUAAAAAAAAUAAUUUGAAUUCAAUAAUUUUUGUAAAUUUAAUACUUAAGUAAUUUUUAAUAUUAUAUUUAUUAGCUGGUUGAUUAACCUGUUUAAAAUGGGAUUGAAAAAAGAUUUAGAUAAAAAUGAUUUAUAUACUCCAUUAGAAGAACACACAUCAUCAUUAUUAGGAAAUGAAUUGGAAAAGUAAGAUCUUCAAAAAUAAAUGUCAUAAUAGAAUAAAAUUAAUUUAUAUUUGGCUUAAGGAAAUGGAGAAUUGAACAAGACAUUUCAUACAAGACAAAUCGUAGACCUAGUCUUUUGAGAGUUCUCAUUCAAAUGUUUGGAGCUAAAUAUAUGUUUUGUGGUUCUUUAAUCGCUUUCAACGAACUGAUUUUAAAGUGAGAGUUGAAUUUAAUAUUUGAUUUAUUGAAUUAGAAGAUUUUUAACAGUCUAAAAAAGUCGAAAAUAGUAUUGAAAUUGGGAUACUGGGUAGCUCACUACAGUGGCGCCCAAACUAUAAUUUAAGUGUAGUAAUUACUAUAAUACAUUAUAUUUUAGUUGGAUAAUUGGUAAUUCCUAGUAAUUGGGAUAGUUGGGUAAAAUGGGUAUAAGUUAUACUUUUUAGGGUUGGAAAGUAUAUAAUUAUACCUGGUAAAAGUAUUUGAGAUGAGUGGCAGUUUUGAAUUUCCAAUUCCGCUACACCAUACAAAUACAUUUUGAGUGCCACUGUAAAUCAGUCUGCUUUAAAGUAAUCACCACACAGUAAGCGAUAUAUCCGGAUCUGGCCACCUAAUUUUGGGCACUAUUUAUCAGUCAUUAACUGAUUUUAAUUAUUAUUUAAAAAACAAAAUAUUUAUCUUAACUUCAUUUCACAAAUCAAAAGAAUACUUCUGCAAUGCAGGUAUAAAAGAAUUUGUUUUUGUGCGUAAUUUGUACGGCAUCUUAUCAAAUAUUGUGUCAAAAAUGUCACUGUAUAAAUAUUUUAUGUUCAAAAACAUCGUGAUAACAAAAAUGUCGCGAUAUAAAAAAUACUUAACUAACUAGAAGAACUAACUGAAGACCCGUGGAUUGAUAGAAUUUGUUGAAAAACCAGGCCCUUAUUCAACAUAAAUGUAAGGAAUUAUUAUUCAAUAAAUUCUUGAUAUUCCACAUUUCGAUUGAAGGUUAGCAUAACUAUUUCAAUUAAAUGUUCAUUUGUCGCAAUUAUCAAUCGUUUAUUCGUUAUACGUGUAUUUACAUUGAUUUAUUUUAAAAAAAUAUAUAAAUUCUUAAAUAAUUAAAAAGUUGAACAAUAUAUUACCGGCGUCGAACUUAUAGAAAGAAAAAAAACGCCAGAAAUUUACAGUAAAGUAAGUUAAAAUACGUCUGAAAUGGGUAAAUGGGUCAGUAGGUUAGUAGUUAUCAAUGGGUGCAAAAAAAUAUUGAUUGACGACUACUUCUGUUGAACAUCCCACAAUUUCCAAUACCAAUUAUAAUAAAACUGUUUUUAACUAACUAUAUAAUAAAAUGGCGACUACAUAAUUUAACGUAAGAUUUGUUUUAAACUGUAGAGAGGUGGAUAGAAAUGACACUAUAGAUAGAUAAACAAAAAUUGAAAAAGUCUAUUGUUAGAUAUUUAAAUAUUUCUUAUGUAGUGACAUUUAUACCACAACAUUUUUACUGCAAAAUACUUGCAAUCGGCCACGGUAUUUUUACCUCUAUUAAAUUUGCAGAUAAAACUAUAGAAUUCAUAAAAAAAAAAAGAUGUAUGUGAGUAAUUUGUUGGUAUAUGAUAAGUGUUUUAACGGAAAACUAAAUCAAUAAAUCAUUAGAUUUUUUUUUGUCCAUCUUCAAUUAUAGAAUGGCUCAACCACUAUGUAUUGGUGGACUAUUGUCAUAUUUCAACAGCAAUAGUUCUAACAAAACAGAUUUUAGGCAAGCAUUCAUUUGGGCAUCAGGCUUUUUAUUAGGCAUGUUUAUUACAUCACCUAUAUUUCAUUCGAGUCAUCUCGAGAUCUUACACUGUGGUAUGAAGAUGCGAGUGGCCUGCUGCUCGGUAGUUUAUAGAAAGGUAAAUAAAAAGAAAAACUUAUUUAAUUGAUUAUUGGAAAUAUAUAUAAAUACACUGUAUUUAUUAAUAAUAACAUAUUUAUCAUUAUAUGUAGAUUUUUGACAUAAAAAUAAAAAGGAAAAUUAAUACAUGCAAAUAGGUACUUAAUUAUAUAAUUUUGACGAGUAUCAUAAUAAAUUUUUAAUUAUUUUUAAGUGUUUUUAAAACUAAUCACCAACAUAUUAAAACAAAACUGGGGUAAUUUUAUAGUUUAAUAGAUGUGAAUUGUAUGUUAAGUUAACAUGAAUUAUUUCAUUAAACAUUAACUGUGGUUUUUAUUAUUAUUUUGAGUUCUUACAUUUGCAUAUUAUUUAUAUUUAUAUGGUAUUAAUUGAUUUCAAUUGCAAAAGCUAAUUUUACUAAAAAACGACAAAUGAUGAUUGUUCAAUAUUGAAACUGAACAAACCAAUGGUAGAUAUUAAGUUUUUAUGAGUCUAUAGGUACGUGUAUUCAUCGACAAAAACUAUUUCUUAAAAUUGAGAUACCAAACCAAUUUAAUUUACCUCAAUUAUUUAACACAUUUUUUGUUCAUAAUAAUCAUAUCAAAUUAUUAUUGCAUAGGCAUUACGUUUGAGCCAUAUCGCGCUUGGUAAAAUUACAGUCGGCCAAGUGAUAAAUUUAAUAUCAAAUGAUUUAAAUAGAUUUGAUACCGCUUUACCGGAAAUUCAAUAUUUAUGGAUUGGUCCCCUGCAAACUAUUAUGAUCACAUAUUUUGUAUGGCAAAAAAUUGGGGUUUCGUCAUUAAUAGGAGUGGCGACAUUAUUUAUUUUUAUCCCUUUACAAGGUUUGAAAAUAUAUAAUCCAUAUAAUAUUUAUAAUGCAUAUAGAAACUAAAGUACAAUUAACAAAAUUAAAUAAUUUACAAUAACCCAUGCAAUAUUUAAUUUAUUUCAGGUUGGUUUGGAAAAAAAAUUGCAGAAUUUCGAUUAAAGACGGCUAGUUUGACCGACGAUAGAGUUCGUUUGAUGAACGAAAUCAUCUUGGGCAUACAAGUGAUAAAAAUGUACGCAUGGGAAAAACCAUUUGCAAAUCUUAUAAAACAAGUGAGGAAGUAGGUAGCAAUAUUUAUUAAAUAAAAAACAGGUAUUGUGUGAUAUUAAAGUACUUAAUUAUAAAAUAUUAAUACCAUUUAGAAAAGAAAUCCAACAAAUCAGAGGGUCAUUAAUUAUCAAAAUUAUUUCAAGGUCAUUUCCAGAUUUUCAAACGAAAUUUCAAGUAUUUGUUAUGAUUUUAUCAUACGUAUUACUAGAAAAUUAUAUAUCUGUAGAAAAAGUAAAUACUUACAUUCAAUAUAUUAUGCCAAUAAAAAUAAUGUAAUAAGGUAAACAUUUUAAUAUUUAUUCCAAGGUAUAUGUUGUAACUUCUUAUUAUUCACUUUUACGGUUUACAAUGGGAUUGUUUUUCUCACAAGCACCAUCUCAACUAGCAGAACUUCUAAUAUCAAUAAAACGCAUACAGGUUUAUAAAUAAUAUUUUCUCUAAUAUAUUUAUUAUCAAAACUAAAAAAUUAAGUGCCAAAACCAUAAUUGCAACAACCAAAUAUACAGAAUGAUUCACUAAGCGUGCUCACUCCUUAUUUUUGCAUGUAUUCAAAUUCUAAUUUUUGAAAUUUUAAAGUGUAAUUAGAGCCAAUAUUUUCGAACACUAAAUUUUUCUAGGGAAUAACCUAACCGCGUUACACGAUAAAAUCAGUUUUCUCACAGAUUAAUCGAAUUCAAAAAUUAUAAAACGCCAAGUACCAUGUGCCAUGCCACCACAUAAAUGAUACUCCGCUUCUCUCCACCUAACAAAACUAUAAGUGAAAUAUCUCAUUAACGAAUUGAUGGAAAUUAAAAAUAUUAACACCAAAAUGUAAUUAAAGUAAUACUCUGAUCUAUUUAUAAAGUUUUUUUUAAAAUAGGUCCUUAUUUGAAAAUUCAAAGUUGGUAUAGCCAAAAGAUACUCCUUAAAUAUUAUGAAAAAUCUAAGUAUUUGAAAAUGCUUCAACUAAACUUAAAAAAAAACAAUAGCCUCAACUACACUUAAAAAUUUCAAAAAUCAAAAUUUGAAUAUAUCAAAAGAGCACGCUUAGUGAAUCAUCCUGUAUAAUAAUUGUGUGUUUAUACACAGAAUUUUUUAAUACUCAUUGAAAAAGACAGUCAGAUGGUGAAGCCUGUGAAUGAAUUGCAUUCUGAACCAAAUGAAUUAUCCAUUUUGAAUAACAGUGACACAAAAAUUGAUUUUCAAAAUUCAAAUAACAUUGGCAUAGUCGUAUCAAAUGCUACUGCAAAAUGGGCUUAUNCAUCAAUAAAUUAAGAAAAAAAUAAUAAAUUAUUUGUUCAGAGUUCGUUAUUACAAGCGAUUUUAGGAGAAUUGCCACUUUCCAAUGGGAACAUUUCUAUUAGUGGGGUAGUUUCUUACGCCUCUCAAGAACCUUGGAUAUUGUCAGGAUCUAUUUUAGAUAAUAUAUUAUUCCACUCACCAAUGGAUAAACAACGUUAUAAACAAGUGAAAAAUAACUUAUAAUAUAAACUUACAUAUAUAAUUUCUGUUAUUGUCAUUGGAACAGGUCAUAAAAGCAUGCGCAUUAAAAAACGAUUUGGAACAUUUUCCAUACGGCGAUCGUACAAUAGUAGGUGAAAGAGGUGUAACUCUUAGUGGUGGACAAAGGGCAAGAAUAAACUUGGCAAGGUAAAUAUAACUCAACAAAUUAAUUGUAUUAAUUUAAUUUAUCAAUAUAUUUUAGAGCAAUUUAUAGACAAGCAGAUAUUUAUUUAUUGGAUGACCCAUUGUCGGCCGUUGAUACUCGUGUUGGUAAACAUUUGUUUGAAAAUUGUAUAAAAGGCAAGUAUUUAUUACAUUUAUUUGGUAGUAAUAAUCUACUGAUAAAUCUAUAUAUUGAUGUUUCAUUUUCAAUAUUUAGGUUACCUCAAAGAAAAAACAUGUAUUCUCGUUACACAUCAAAUUCAAUUCUUGACAAAUGUAGAUCAUAUCUUGCUAAUGGAAAAUGUAACUAAUAAUUCAAAUUUAAUAAUUUAAAUUAUUAUUUUGUUAUUAAUUAUACAAAUUGAAUAGCUUUUUUAAAACAUUAAUUACAGUUGAUAUUAAUUGACAAUUUUAUUUUCAUUCUAGGCAAGUAUUAUAACUGCGGGUUCCUUUAAUGAACUUAAAGACUCUGGUUUUGACUUUUCAAAACUACUUGGAUUUCCAGAAGAAACAACUGUAGAAUCUUAUAUUAAAUGUAAAAAUGCAAUUAAAAUAAGUGUGGAUUCAUGCUCUAAUAUUUCACGGUCUGAAGAUAGUAUUAAAUCUCUUAUUAACGGAAAUACUGAAAACCCUUAUGAAGAAGAAGAAAUUCAUUCUUCUGGUCAUGUUUCGAAAAAUGUUUAUAUAUCAUAUUUUUCUUCAUGCGGAAUUUUUAAAACAGUUUUCGUAUUGUUUAUAUUUACUUUAUGUCAAGUGUUAAUUACAUUUGAAGAUUUUUGGAUUAGUUUUUGGUAAUAUAAACAUUAUAAUCUAUCGGGGUGUACACAUAUUUUAUACAUUUUAAAUACAUUGUAUAUAUUGUUGAAGGGUAAAUGAAGAAGAUGUUUGUCGCAAUGAAAAUACUACAAUUUCACUAAACAGUACUUUAAUGUUUCACAACUCAUUGGAUCAGUGUAAUUUAUCAUCAGAUUUUCGAUUUAUCCGUAUAAUAGUAUAUACUAAUAUUACUGUGGCAAUUAUACUGGCUAUUCUUAUGAGAACGGCAAUAUUUGUAUCAGCUUGUACAAAUGCAUCAAUAAAUUUGCAUAACACUAUGUUCAACGCUAUAACUAGAACAACUAUGCAUUUUUUCCACACUAAUUCGUUAGGUAAUAAAAUUAAGUUAAUAAAUUGCAUUUGUAUGUAUAUAUAAUGAUAUAUAUAUAUAUAUAUAUAAAAUAAUAUAAAUUUCUUUCUACAGGACGGAUUUUGAAUCGUUUUUCAAAGGAUGUAGGUGCUAUCGAUGAUAGUUUACCAGUAAUUUUGCUAUACUGUGUACAAGUAACGUAAACUUAUAAUGCUAAACCGAUAUUACAUUAUUUUUAUAAAUUUAUAGUAUAACUAUAGAAUUUGUUUAUUGUUAUCAUUAAAAUUAGGGCGCAAUGAAAGUUUCGGGAAUCAUAUUUGCUAUCGGACUAGUUAACAUAUAUUUAAUGAUUCCAUCAAUUGUUGUUAUAAUACUUUUUUAUUAUUUAAGUAUGUUCUAUUCACCGACAUCUCGAAGUGUAAAGCGCCUUGAAGGAAUUGGUAUGAAUACAAUUAUUUUACUAUUCUGUUUAAUCAUUCAAUCAAAAAUUCAAUCUAAUUUAUCAUUUUCUAAAUUUAAAAAAUUAACAUUUACAUUAGCACGAAGUCCUAUAUAUGGACAUUUGGCUGCAUCUAUACAAGGUUUAACCACAGUUAGAGCACAUAAAACAGAAAACUUUCUCAUUCAAGAAUUUGACAAACAUCAAGUAAUAUAUUAUUAAUACAUUUUUUUAUUAAAAUAAUCAUGAAAUUAGUAGAAAAAUUUAAUACUCAACUUAAGUAAAGAUAUAAUAGAUACUUUUAGUAUUCCAUUUUGUUUGUUAUCCGAAUAAUUCUAUUAUACCUUCGUAAUUAAAGUCAUAUUAUGAAUUAUUAAAUUUUUUAUUAAAAACCUAGGACUUCCAUUCAUCUGCUUGGUUUGUGUUUAUCUCUAUAAAUCAAGGGUUUGGUUUUUGGUCUGAUUAUGUCUGCUUUAUUUAUAUAAGUAUUGUCACUUUAAGCUUCUUAUUCAUGGAUAACUGUGAGUUUUAAAAAAAUUAAAUAUAAUACAUUGUUGUCAAUAAUAUUUUAACUGUCUUUAAGACAUUAAUGGAGCUUAUGUUGGAUUGAUUAUAACUCAAAUCAUUAUCCUUGCCUCAAAUGUUCAGUGGGGAAUACGACAAUUAGUCUCAUUAGAAAACGAAAUGACCUCUGUCGAAAGAAUAAUUGAAUACUCAAAUUCGCCACAAGAACCUAAACUUCAGUCUGUACAGGGUAAUAUGUUAUUAUUAAACAUAAUUAAUUCUAUUGGUAUAUUAAAAAAUUAUUGACACUAUUUUAUUUAGAUAAACCACUUUCAAAUGAAUGGCCGAGCCAAGGGGAAAUUGUAUUUCUAAAUUUUGGUUUACAAUACAGUUCAGAUACACCACAUGUUUUAAAAAAUCUUAAUUUUACGAUCCAAUCAGAAAAAAAGGUAAUUAGGGUUUUUUUCAAAUAUACAGAUUUUUAUUAAGUGUUUUUUUUCAUGAAAUUAGGUUGGGAUUGUUGGUAGAACUGGCGCUGGAAAAUCAUCCAUAAUAGCAGCAUUGUUUAGGUUAGCAAUUAAUGAGGGUAACAUCUUUAUUGACAAAAUAGAAAUACAUUCACUGGGACUACAUGAAUUACGUUCAAAAAUUUCUAUCAUUCCUCAAGAACCAAUUUUGUUUUCUGGAACCAUGCGUACAAAUUUAGAUCCCUUCGGUGAAUACCCUGAUCAUAUACUCUGGGAUGCUUUAGAAAAAGUAUUAACAAUGAUCUGAGAUUUUUAUACUUGUUAUUAUAAUUUACGUUUAUUUUAUUUUUAUCUAUAGAUAGAACUAAAAAAAACUAUUGAGAAUUUACCCGGUGGUUUAAAUACAAAAAUGUCCGAAAGCGGUUCCAAUUUCAGUGUCGGCCAAAGGCAACUAGUAUGUUUGGCUAGGGCAAUUAUUCGAAAUAAUAAAAUUCUCGUUUUGGAUGAAGCCACAGCAAAUGUUGAUUUACAGUAAUAAAAGAUAUAAAUCUAUAAUAAGUUUAUAGAUAUAAUAAAAAUAAUUUCAUUAAUCUUUUUAAUUUCUCAGAACUGAUGCAUUAAUUCAAAAUACAAUACGGAACCAUUUUAAAACGUGUACAGUAUUGACGAUUGCUCACCGCUUAAACACUGUUAUAGAUUCUGACAAGAUUAUUGUAAUGGAAGCAGGGCGUAUGGUAGAGUUUGAUCACUCAUAUAAUUUGUUAAAAAAUAAAGAUGGAUAUUUCUACAAAAUGGUAGAACAAGCAGGACAGUCCACAGCUAAUUCGUUAAAACGUAUAGCUGCAGAGGUAGAACUUAUAACAGUAUCAUAUAAUAUUGUUCUUAAUUUUAUGUUUGAUAUACGUUUAUUAAUUGUAUGUUGUUUUUUUUUAGAGCUACAAAUCUAUAAAGACAAAACUGUUGGUGUGA